CGCGAGCGUUCGGUCGCCCUGCCGCCUGCGACUGAGCCCUGACGAAUGCCCGCGUAAAAUACUUUACUUAUCUGAUGUUUGAAUGAUAAGUUUAUCAAUAUUUAAUAUUUUCUCACUGAAGCCGAGCAUGCCAGUGGCAGUGUAGUCUUUAAACGCGAGCUGAACGGCUGGUUGCGUUUUUACCGCGCGUUUUUCCAAAAUGAAUGUGACGGACUUACUUUUUUGGCCGACCAGUACGGUCGUGCCUGAUUUCACGACAAUUUUAUCGGAUGUGCCGACGACUUUCUCGGACAUGUCGAGUUUUUCGGACGUGUCCAGCACAGUUUUCCCUGACAUGACGACUAUUUUGCCGGAGAUCAGCACGAUGAUACCGGAAUUUACGUCCACUCUGAUGCCAGAGACGACAACAGCAGCUGAGGACGUAAGGAAUUGGCUGACGGAUCUAUUGAUGAAGCGCGAAGCGAUCCAGAGUAGGAGCUUCUGGCAGGGCUUCAUCGCGUCUCUCUCGGUAGUCGUCGUCUCAGAGUUGGGAGACAAGACCUUCUUCAUAGCAGCCAUCAUGGCGAUGAAGCACCCACGAAUCGUGGUGUUUGCUGGCGCCAUUUCUGCCUUAGUUUUCAUGACAAUACUCUCUGCAGCCUUCGGAUGGAUAGCAACGGUUAUACCACGAGUGUACACGCAUUACAUAAGCGCAGCUCUCUUCGCGAUAUUUGGUCUUAAAAUGUUAAGAGACGGUUGGAAAAUGAACCCUAAUGAAGGACAAGAAGAGUUAGAAGAAGUUCAAAGUGAACUAAAGAGAAGAGAAGAUGCGCAUGACAAGGAGGAGACCUUGGACAUGCUUGAACAAGGACAGGCGGAGAACAGGCGGCGGAAACGGAACGCGAUAAUCAAAGUGCUCCUGCAAGCAGCAUCUCUGACCUUCCUCGCCGAGUGGGGCGACCGCUCCCAGCUGGCGACAGUGGUGCUAGCCACUCGGGAGAACGCCGUGGGCGUAGUCGUGGGCGGCUCGCUCGGGCACGCCCUGUGUACCGGGCUCGCCGUCAUCGGAGGAAGGAUGGUGGCGCAGAAGAUUUCUGUGAGGACUGUUACCAUAAUCGGUGGUUUAGUGUUCCUGUUCUUCGCUGUUAGCGCCUUGGUCAUUGGUCCCGGGGAAUAGACUCGCAGCGGCCUGUAAAGUGUAAGUUACAAUAUUGUAUAGAUGUAAAUGUGCAUUGUUGUUGUAGCUUCCAUGGAUUGUAUAUUUGAUGCAUUUAUUUACUUGGGAUAGUACUAUCUUGGUGUAAUUAGUAUGUGUGGUAACAAGUAAAUAACUGUGUUGACAGUUACUGGAGUAAAAGCCGUGGACGGAAUACCGUUAAUGAAUGAGCUCGACUGUGAAAAUAUUUUUAUCUCUAUGAUUAAGAGGUUUAGUUAGAUAUUUGUGGGACUUUUGUUGUGCUUAUAAAGAUUUUUCUACUUAACGGAUAUGAAAUAAUGAGACCAUCAAAAUAUCGUUUCGAUAUAUUCAGUAAGAAAAAAAUUACCAACUUUAGAGAAAACAGAAGUGUCACUAAUGUAGAGUAAAUAUUGUAUUGAGUAAGUAGUGAGUAGGUAUGCAAUUCUCCGGAAAAACUCAAAUUAGAUAUUUUAUCUGUCUUUGAGACUUGUCAUAAUAAUGUGUUAUAAAAUCCAGUAAAGCUCGCAUACUUCAUGCGAUACCUACAGCUGGAACAUUAUCAAUUCGAUAAUGAUCAGCCUUUUGGUGUACGUGACCGAACAUACUUGAUGCUUGCGAUGUCAUUUACGCGAAGAUAGUGUUGUCCUGAAGUACCUACUGACGUCAUAGGAUUCGGUGUGCCGUCAAUAUCGGUCGAGUAGAUCAUCAGUCAUGUUACAUGCCGAUAACAAGUUUUUUUUUGUCUUGCUAUAAAUAUAUGCACGUGAAUAUUAAACGUAAGAACUUUCCAAUCUGAAAAUGAAGACACACAAGUUCUUAUAAACUGAAAUAAACAUAACUCCUAAUAGAUGUUGUCCUGUAUUCUUUAUUUCCAAGUCAGAAUCGAUUCUAAAUUCUUUAUUUUUAAACGAUUUUAAAGUUUUAAAUAUGAGUGGAUCCUGUGGGAUUUUACAAAAGCCCUUGUUGUGGGGUUAUUUCCUACUUCAUUUUGUACUUUCGGGUCUUAUCUUUCACUGUCCUACGUGCUAGUAUCCCCCUAUGCGUGAGACGAAUGAAUUGUUGGAUUAAGGAGGUGCCUCACUAGGACAGUUAAGCUAAAUAUUUCGAGGUAUUGCCAUGAAUCACACCAUUUUAAUACCUUUAGGCAUAGAACUGAUGUCAGAAUAUGAAGUCAUCUGUGUUUUACAUGCACUAUUACAGAUAAGUCGUGCAAAUAAGGCAACUCAUUUCUUUCAUUCUUUGCGGUCACAAUGUAAAGUACCGUUUUUUAUUGUGUGUGCUAUGUUUAUGACUAUUACUCAGCGUUUGUCUAUAUACCUAAGAAACAUAGACAAUCUUUGGUAACUAAACCCAUAUUUGGCCUUUCCUACUUCUUUAUAUCUUCUGUUCAGAUUUUAUUAAAAAUUUAGUAACCAUGUUAGGAUAUUUACACAAAAGAUGUUGUCGGCAUGUGAAUAUUAUUUAAUUUUGGUUUAAUGAUUUCAAAUGCACCCAGUUUACUAUUUAGUACCUAUAUUUUGAUGGCAUACUGCUCCUGAUAAGCUGUGAAAUAUCGUUAUAUGACUGCUUUAUUAUGACGGAUUGAACAUUGUUACAAACGUUUAUUAAAGCGGCACGGGAGGGUGUUUUUUGUUACGUCAAACGUCAUCGAGACUUCAGAUGUGUAUGCUCUCUCACGGCAUAAUAAUUAUGUCUAAAUCACCCCUCCUGUGCCGUUCCUAUACCUCAAGCAAUGUCUCAGUGAAGCGCUAUAGUAAACGACACAUUUGACAUUGUGUUAAACAUUUUUAUGUUUUUAUUAUGUGUUGUACAAAAAUUCCAUUGUAAAUGUUCAAUCCCUCAUAAUAAACAAUCAAUUUAGAGACGGCUAAUUAAAGUUAAUGUACUUGUUGAUGUCUGUGAUCUUUAUUUAUCUGUAUGUAUCUGUUUAUACUUUUUUAACAUGUGUAGAACGGAGCGCGUUUGUCGAGUGAUGAUUCGGAAUAUUGACUUAACUUGCUAUAUACGGAUAUGGAUAUUACACAUGUAUACAGGGUGUUUCGGAAACAUUGCGAUAAAGUUCGACUAAAUUAAUGUUUAUUUUUAACAAAAAUAAAUAGAGACCUUACACCCUGUUAUAUUUUUUAAGACUAUAAUAUAGCGUGAAAAUUAGUGAAUGUUUUGCGUUUAGAUUAUUUUAAUUUAAUACAGCGAUGCCUUUUUAAAACCAUACAUGUAUGGUAGUUCCGAGCACCCGUGGGUGUAGACGUAAUGUGUCAAUUCUAAAAAUAACAAUAACAAGUGCAAUUUACUUGUACCUUGGUCUUGUUUGUGCUAAAUUGGUCCAAUAUUUGUCCAGAAGUCGGCAAAUACCAUUAAAUUCGACAUUUCUGAACAAAUCGGGAAAUGUCGAACUAUGUCGUCAACAUCUAAACGUUACAUGUGUUAAGGUAAGCGUCCAAUGUCGUUUGAUACAUGUUGAGGAAAAUUUUUCCUCCAGUGAAUUUGUUUUGGGCUUUGAAACAAACGGUGAUUAACAUUAAUCCUGGUGCAGUCAACGUCCAAUAGUUCGUAUCAUCCAAAGUAGCCAAAAAGUUCGCAACACGUCUUUGUUACAAUUGAAAUAAGGCUGAGAUUUUGGCCACUUUGGGUGACACGAACUAUUUGACGCUGACUGUUGAUGAUUGGAGCGCUUUGGCACAGACAGAAUCAAAUUUUAAUAUUUAUUACACAUUAGAAUAAAUUCUAGAUUAGUGAUUCCACAUUAUACAUACCAGUGUAACCAGUGUUUUAAUUUCUUAACUUACCUUCUUUGUCGGAUCUGAAAUGUACUUGGUAUUUCUGUAAGACAAGGAAUAAAAUGUUCCUGAAAAAUAACACUGAAUAAAUUAAAUUAGCAAAUCCUAACCGACAAUAAUAAAAUUAUGCAACCUUUAGUUAGCUUCAACUAGCGCGAAGUAAAAAUGUCAAAAGCAUUUUUGUACUUUUAAAGCAAACAUAUUAUGGUUUCUUUUCAUCCGACGAACAAAUUGAUUUGGCUGAACAAAAUAAGGUCAAUUUAAAGGUUGAACUUAUUAUUCAUGUUGAGGUUAUAAUUUUCCACUCUAGAUUGUGCAAUGUGUGCUAAAAUAUACUGUAGUAUAAUGUAAUGUGAAUGAAUUUAAAUUAAUGCAAGUAUUUCUUAAAUGUAUGGAAUAAGCUUUUUAACUAUUAUGUAAGGCUAAAGCUGCACUUCAAGUGCCAAGCUUAAGAUUUGUAUUGUCGAGAGCACAUCAACCUACCACGAAUUUCAACCAUAAAUCCAAAUGGAUAAAAUUGAAAAUCGAUUGGGGAAGUUUGUAAUUUUGUUGUUGAUUUGCUGGCGACAGUACUGGAAACAUAUUAGCAGUUACGCCGUAUGGGGUUUGUACUGUAUGAAAAUGUAAAGUUAUUAUUAAGCAUUGGAAGGAUAUUUUUGACGUAGACUGUACAGUUUGACUCGGUGUGGGUAUUUUAACAAAGAUAUCCUUAUUGGCGCAGUUACACUAUGCGGCAAAUUGACCGAGACGAAGCGCGAGUACGCACACCGAAGUAUGAGCGACGCACGGCGAAACUAACUGAAGUGCGCGUUUACACUGUCUCAAUUAAUUUCCCGCAUAGUGUAACUGCGCCAUAUAACCUAUACAUCGAACAUGAAAUCUUUCGAUUAUCACCUCAAACGUGAGAAUGGAGAGACAAUGUAUAAUGUAACAUUGAGAUUGUGAUAAUUUUAUAAAAAUGUAUACAGGGCGUAAAGGCACAGAUUUGCAAAAAAAAUUGUGAUUACUUAAGGCUAUACUUUCAGUUAUUAUUAUUAUUACCAAUUAUAUUAAUAAUCAAGUUUUAAACCAGCCAUUUUUAUUUUAAAAUCUAUAUUAUGGUUAGUAAUAUGAAAUGAAUAGAUUCAAGUCCUGGAUUGGCAAAACUAGUUUUCAGCCUGUUUCAUAAGCGCCAAAUGUGGUAUAUCAAGUUUAGGACAGUAAUUUUAAAGUUUUCUGCCAAUCUGUACAUUACACCCUGUAUUUAUGUACGUCUGUGUGUAUUGUUAUGUUCUUUUAAAUUUAAGUACAAAAUAUUUUUUUAAAUUGUGUAAUCACACAUUGCUUUUGCUAGACGUUGAAUAUAAAACAAAAGUAUUAUUUUUAUGUAAAAAGAAAUAAAGCGUUGCAAUUGGAA